AUGAAUGUCAUUCACCUCGCAAUUGAAUAUGGGGCGCCUGUUUUCCUCAUCACAUCGCCCCUUACCUCCUACCUCGACCAGAUCCUCAGCAUUCAUCGCUCGAGGAGCUCAGCGGGGUUUUCACUCGACAUUCCUCUGAUCAUGCUGGUCGCGUCGAUCUUGAAAGUCUUCUAUUGGUGGGGAGAAUACUAUUCUAACGCCCUCCUGGCGCAAGCCGUUGUCAUGAUCGGCACACAGUUGGUGUUACUGAAAGUGGCACUGGACAACCGACCGAAAUCUGGAGUCGAGCACACACCCUUCAGCGGUGCUGGUGCCGGCGGAUUCCCGCGGCCCUAUGCUUUCUGGCAAUGGCGCAACACUCAGCCAUACUGGAUGACCAUGGUAUACUUCGUCGCCGUUCUAUUCGUCCUCCACAUCACUCCUCUCUCCAACAUCCCAACCUACAUCAGCAUCCUAGGCGCUGUCGGUCUCGCCGUCGAGGCCACUCUGCCCAUUCCUCAGAUUCUGGCAAACCACCGUGCUGGCUCAUGCAAGGGUUUCCGUGUCUCUGUCUUGGCUGCGUGGCUCAUUGGUGAUACUUGCAAGAUGGGUUAUUUCUUCGCCAGCUCGGAGCCCAUCCCAUGGACUUUCAAGCUGUGUGGUAUUUUCCAGUGUAUCUGUGACUUCUACUUGGGUGCCCAGUACUUCCUUUACACCCGCAACAAUGGUAAGAAGCCUGCCGGCAGCGACCGCGGAGAAGAUGAGCAAGAAUUGGUCGAGCGGGAAGGAAGACACGAGGAGGAGGAUGAGCGCUGGGACGCCGGCGAGAAGGAUAUUCGCAUGACUUAA